AUGUUCAAGAACACGUUUCAGUCAGGAUUUCUUUCAAUACUUUACAGUAUAGGUAGUAAACCUUUGCAAAUUUGGGAUAAAAAGGUCCGAAAUGGGCACAUAAAAAGGAUUACAGACAAUGAUAUACAAAGUCUGGUGCUGGAGAUUGUGGGCACUAAUGUAUCUACAACUUAUAUUACAUGCCCCGCUGAUCCAAAGAAGACUCUUGGCAUUAAAUUGCCAUUUUUGGUUAUGAUUAUUAAAAAUCUUAAAAAGUAUUUUACCUUUGAAGUUCAGGUGCUUGACGACAAAAAUGUUCGCAGAAGAUUCAGAGCCAGCAAUUAUCAAUCUACGACUAGAGUCAAACCAUUUAUUUGUACUAUGCCUAUGAGAUUGGAUGAAGGCUGGAAUCAAAUACAGUUUAAUUUAGCUGACUUUACCCGCAGAGCUUAUGGAACAAAUUACGUAGAGACACUGAGAGUACAAAUACAUGCUAACUGUAGGAUUAGACGAGUCUAUUUUUCUGAUAGGUUGUAUUCAGAAGACGAGUUACCAGCAGAAUUCAAACUGUUCCUGCCAAUACAGAACAAAGCUAAAACUGCAGUUGCUACUUAA